UCCCCGGACAAGACGUGCCACCCGCGCCUAGGGUGGUGCCAUGUGGGGCGGGCGCCGCUCGAGCGCCGCCGCCUCCCCGAAGGCCGCCGCCUGGCUCUUGCAGCUGCUGCUGCUGGCUGCGCUGCUGGUGGCGGGGUUGCGCGCCAGCGGCGAGUACUGCCACGGGUGGCUGGACGCUCAGGGAGUCUGGCGCCUCGGCUUCCAGUGCCCCGAGCGCUUCGACGGCGGCGAUGCGACCAUCUGCUGCGGCAGCUGCGCCCUGCGCUACUGCUGCUCCAGCGCCGACGCGCGCCUGGACCAGGGCGGCUGCGACAACGACCACCAGCAGGGAGCUGGCGAGCCUGGACGGGCGGACAAAGACAGCCCCGACGGUUCUGCAGUUCCCAUCUAUGUGCCGUUCCUGAUCGUUGGCUCCGUGUUUGUCGCCUUCAUUAUUCUGGGCUCCCUUGUGGCUGCUUGUUGCUGCAGAUGUCUCCGGCCUAAGCAGGAGAUACAACAGAGCCGGGCACCAGGGGGGACCCGCUUGAUGGAAACCAUUCCCAUGAUUCCCAGCGCCAGCACCUCUCGAGGCUCUUCCUCCCGCCAGUCCAGCACAGCUGCCAGCUCCAGCUCUAGUGCCAACUCAGGGGCCCGAGCACCCCCAACAAGGUCCCAGACCAACUGUUGUUUGCCCGAAGGAGCCAUGAACAAUGUGUAUGUCAACAUGCCCACCAAUUUCUCGGUACUGAAUUGCCAACAGGCCACCCAGAUCGUGCCUCACCAAGGGCAGUACCUGCAUGCCCCCUAUGUGGGCUAUGCUGUGCAGCAUGAGGCAGUGCCCAUGACCCCUGUACCACCCUUCAUGGACAGUCUGCAGACUAAUUACCGGCAGGUCCAGGCCCCCUUCCCUGCUACCAAUAACGAGCAAAAGAUGUACCCAGCUGUAACUGUGUGACUCAAGGAGCAGGCGGGGCUCGGAC